GCGACUGCUGGCUGGCAAGCAGAGAACGGGAAAAGAUAUAGAAAAACCUCGGAAAAAUUGUUUAAAAAAGGAAUAUUAGCUGGGGAUUUCCCAAUCAGCCAAAGUUUUUGUUUUUUGACGUCUUUGGCAAAUUGUUUUCUUCAGCUUUUCAGCCACCCCAAUUUUCUUACCUGCCCAGAAAAUGCGUUUCCUUUUACUGGCGGUGUUGGCCUUUAUGGUUUGCAGCUCAGGUGUUUCAGCCUUGCGUUGCUACAUUUGCGAGGACUGCGACGAGAACUCUCAAUUAACCGAAAUGGAGGUGUGUGAUGGCACACCUGUCAGUUCUAGUCCAAGUCCAAGUCCAAGUCCAGGUUCAAGUCCCAGUCCGAGUCCCAGUCCGAGUCCCAGUCCAAGUCCCAGUCCUGGGACAGCUCCCUCACCUUCACCUGCUGCCCCAGCUGCUCCUCCCUCCGAAGAGGAAGAGGACUAUGACAGCGAUGAGUCAACUACAGUGGGCAUAAUGCCAGCAGGAAAUGGAGGAGGAGCAGCAGCAGCAGCAGGAGGAGCAGCAACCCCAGCAGCAUCACCAGCAGCUCCAGAAUCCGCAGCUGAGAGUGAAGAGGAGGAAGAAGAAGAGGAAGAGGAGGAAGAGGAUGAAAGAAGGAGAAGAUCAAGUGCCCGGCAAGCCCAACUCGGGGCUCCCACACCAUUUUGCUAUGUAGUGCGGCUUCACUUGAAUGAAUCGGUGAUCACCAAGCGUGGCUGCACCACCGCCCGCACGAGCAAUGACACCAGCGUUUGUAAUGGACUCUUUGAGAACUGGUCCGUGGGUGGAUGUGACCUCUGCCGGGACGAUGGCUGCAACAGGCCCAUCGGAGGAUUGUCCAAGGGAAUCCUGGGACUGGAAGCCAGUCUGGCGCUGACACUAAUGGCCAUUGUGGCUCGCUUUCUGAUCUAAAUAUAAAACAAUUACCCAAAAGACCCUAAUAUACUACUCCAUAAUGUACGCUUCA